CUCGGAGAACUUGAUCGGGGUUCGGGCACGGAUUUCGGAUCGGGUUCGUCCAACACAGAUCAGACCACCAUGUUGGGCUCAUCAUCAAGUGAAUCAGUCACGCAGACCUUAGCUCCUGGUCGUGUUCCAACCGGAUUUUCCACGUCUUCCGGAGGCUCUUCAACCGGUCUGUCCUCUGUUCCCAAUACCGAUUCACAAUCGACAAACGCAGUGAGCGGUGCUACCGCGACAUCUAAUGAUAUUAUGCAGUUACUUCUGGUGCAUGAGCGACGUCGUAUGACUAAUCAAGGUACCGGAAAGUCCUCUCAUUUAGUCCCAAACAUCGAACAAAAUUCUCUUGAACCCCCGGAUAAGCAAGAGUUUCUUGUUUGCCUCGGCGGUCGCAUGAUACCAUACGCGGAAAUAACGGGGCCCAUGAUCAAGCGAAUGACACCGCAAGAACGAGCCGAUUAUGUGCGUGUUGGGAAACAGUUGUACAUGGAUGUCAUGAUGCAAUGA